AAGUUUUAUUAGGAAAAUAGAAGCAGCAUAUGAAAUAUCAAGGAGUGAGAGAAGAAGCACUUUCUUUUAUCUAUUUAUAGGACACUAAAUUAGUCCAUUGCUUCCUCCACAUCACUAGCGAAGUCUAUAACAAUGGCUUCUGAGAAGGUUGAGACCGUUAUAGCUGGAAACUACUUAGAAAUGGAGAGGGAAGAAGGCGAUUCCAAGUCAGCUAAAGGCAAAUUAUCAAAGCUGUUUUGGCAUGGAGGCUCAGUCUAUGAUGCCUGGUUUAGCUGUGCUUCUAACCAGGUUGCACAAGUGCUUCUCACACUGCCUUACUCAUUUUCACAACUGGGGAUGCUAUCUGGAAUCCUUUUUCAGCUUUUUUAUGGGUUGAUGGGAAGCUGGACUGCAUAUCUUAUUAGUGUUCUUUAUGUUGAGUACAGAACUAGAAAGGAGAGAGAAAAGGUUGAUUUCAGGAAUCAUGUUAUUCAGUGGUUUGAAGUUCUUGAUGGGCUGUUGGGGAAACACUGGAGGAAUGUAGGCCUCUUUUUCAACUGCACCUUUCUUCUAUUUGGAUCUGUAAUUCAACUAAUUGCAUGUGCAAGCAACAUAUACUACAUAAACGACAAUCUUGACAAGAGAACUUGGACUUAUAUCUUUGGAGCAUGUUGUGCAACAACUGUCUUCAUCCCAUCAUUCCAUAAUUACAGAAUUUGGUCAUUCUUGGGACUUAUGAUGACUACUUACACUGCAUGGUAUCUCACCAUUGCAUCCCUACUCCAUGGUCAGGUUGAGGGAGUGAAACACUCAGGACCAGCUAAAAUAGUUCUCUACUUCACUGGGGCCACCAACAUUCUCUACACCUUUGGCGGACAUGCUGUCACAGUCGAGAUUAUGCAUGCAAUGUGGAAGCCACAGAAGUUCAAGUUAAUAUACUUGAUAGCAACACUCUAUGUGCUAACCCUAACUUUACCAUCAGCUUCAGCUGUAUAUUGGGCUUUUGGGGAUAUGCUCCUUACCCAUUCCAAUGCUCUCUCUUUGCUUCCUAAGACUGGAUUUAGGGACGCUGCUGUCGUCCUUAUGCUUAUUCACCAGUUCAUAACAUUUGGAUUUGCUUGCACUCCUCUCUACUUUGUGUGGGAGAAAUUCAUUAGGGUGCAUGACACCAAGAGCUUGUUCAAGAGAGCUAUAGCUAGACUCCCAGUCGUAAUCCCAAUAUGGUUCCUUGCCAUCAUAUUCCCUUUCUUUGGGCCCAUCAACUCAACUGUUGGGUCUCUUCUGGUCAGCUUCACCGUUUACAUAAUUCCUGCCCUAGCACACAUGGUGACCUUUGCAUCUGCAUCAGCUCGAGAGAAUGCAGUAGAGAGACCACCAUCAUUCUUAGGAGGUUGGGCAGGAUCAUAUACUAUGAACAUCUUUGUAGUGGUAUGGGUAUUUGUGGUUGGAUUUGGAUUUGGAGGAUGGGCAAGCAUGCUCAAUUUCAUAAGACAAGUUGAUACAUUUGGUCUAUUCACUAAGUGCUAUCAGUGCCCCCCACACAAGGCUUGAGUAGAUUCCCUACUUUUAAGAAGGAUUUACAAAUUAAAUCACAUAUGUGUGUAAAGAGAUUGGCAUUGAAAACUUUUUCUUCUUUUUCAUCUUCCUUUUUGCCCAUCUUUUCUCUCAUUGUAAAAGUUGUUGUUGAUGGUUUUCAGAAAAGGUGUGAUGGCCAUCAUGGCCACCCCUAUACAGACCUACAAUUGUAACGUGUGAUGAUUAAUCUUUCCUAUUUUAUUUUUUUCCUUCAGAAAUGCAACUUCCUUGGUUUUUUUUUU